AUGUUUCUUCACUUCGAAAAUACAACGCAAAUUCACUUGACCGUAUCAAAAAUAUAAAUUAAAUUCUCGUUCUUUUAAACCACCAAAAAAAGUGUAUUGUAUCGUGAAAAUUUUCGCAAAGCUCACAGCACUAUAAUUGUGUUUUGGGAUAGUCUGACGUCAUAUUCAGAGGAAAAAUGAAAACAAUCGUUUCCGCCGCAACCGCUGCCGCUUUAUCGGCCAAUAAUUCAAGCAACAGUAACAGUGCUAACGCCGCUGCGAUAGUACCUAAAACGGAACCAGAAGCACUUGGCACCGAAGACUCGAUGGAAUUUCAAACACCCAAUAACAGCAGUUCAACAACAUCAACAGCCAUCGUGAAUAAGCGACCAGCGUUUUUGGACCUCAAUAAAGUAACAAAUAAACGGGUCAUCGAUCACUUGAACAUUGAUUCACCAGACUUGCAAGGCAAAACUUUAAAUACUCCGGACUUGGAAAAAAUUCUGUUGUCCAGCAAUCUGAUGCAGACACCACAGCCCGGUACAGUUUUCCCAUCGAAAGUGGGUCAAAUCACCUCGGAGCAGGAGGCAUUUGGCAAGGGCUUUGAAGAUGCAUUGCAGAAUCUUCAUACCAGCAAGAAUACCCAAGCAUAUCUGGGUAAUCCCAACACAGCGCCUGCAAAUAAUUCUUCAGCAGCCGGCAACGCGAUGACAGCUGUUAAUAAUGGCAUUAGUGGUGGCACAAUUAUCUACAACACAGUGGAUCGCUUUCCUGUCAUCAAAGAUGAGCCACAGAAUUCGGCAGGUUCCCCGACUGUGAGUCCCAUCGACAUGGCCGACCAGGAGAAGAUUAAGCUGGAACGCAAGCGUCAACGGAAUCGUGUGGCUGCCUCCAAAUGCCGCAAGCGCAAGCUGGAGCGCAUCUCCAAGCUGGAGGAUCGCGUCAAAAUGCUCAAGGGCGAGAAUACGGAUUUGGCGGGCAUUGUCAAGGGUCUGAAAGAUCAUGUGGCCCAGCUGAAGCAACAGGUUAUCGAACAUAUGGAAGCCGGUUGCACCGUUCAAGCGAUUCCCAACUCAGCGCUACUUUCGAGCAAAUAACAUAGGGCUAUAAGUGAGGAGAGCGUGCAACAGUAUAUGUCGAGCUUAUUGCCGGACGACAAUGAUACAGAAGCCGAAACAGAGGAACAAUUGGAACAGGAACAGGAAAUUGAAGAUGCAAUUGAGACGGCCGUGGACGAGGAAAGUGGUGAAGUGUUGCUAUCAGCCGUAGCCUUGGAGCAGGAAAUCUCCCUUGAAUUAUUGCUGAAUGCAACGUCCAGCACUUUCGAUUUGGAUGCUCUGCCAAACAAUCAUGUGGUAAUUGAGGCCGUUGACCAGCUGACGGACUGCAGUGAGUCCACAAGCUAAAUCACACAAUCAAUGAAUGGCUUGGAGUGCCUUUAAAGUUUAAACAAAAACACAAGUAGAUAUUGUCGUUUACUGCUUAAGCUUUGAUUUUAUACUAAUGUGCAAUGCCUUAUUUUAUUUGCUAAAGUUAUUUGAAUUGCUUUUGGAAAGUGCUUUUUUAUUUAGUUGUAGAUGUGUACAUACAUCAUGCAUAUAUGUACUUAUAUAUGUCUAGUUUUAAGAUCAAGUAUUACUUUACGUGUUUGAUUAUAAGAAAAUAUAUAUUUACUA